AUGGGGAACCGCUGCCACAAAGUCACCAUGUACUUCUUUGUCUUCUUUAACCACCUCUUCUUCAUCCUGGGUGCUCUGAUCGUGGCUGCUGGGAUAUGGAUCCUCUUUGACAAGGGCUCCUUCUCGUACUUUCUGCACACCUCGCUGUCCUCCUUCAAGGCCGGGGUGUAUCUCUUCAUCGGGGUCGGGGCUGUCACCAUGACAAUGGGGUUCCUGGGCUGCGUCGGUGCCUUUUAUGAGAUACAGUGUCUCCUGGGCCUCACUAUCCAGGUGAGGAUGUCCAGGAUCGUCACAGACCUCAUCCAGGAUUACAACCCCAAUGACGAAACCAACCAGACCGCAGAGAGGGCGUGGGACUACGUCCAGACCAGCCUCUCUUGCUGCGGCUGGACAGGGCCAGAGAACUGGAAGAUCAACUCCGCCCUCCACAACAGCGACCCGCCGUCCUACCCGUGCUCCUGCAGCAAACUCUCGCAGGUCCCCGUGGGCUUCUGCCCGCUGGAUGCCGCUUCCCCCGGCCCCACCCCCGCAAAAUGGCCCGUGGCGCAGCAAGGGUGCAAGGAGGUGGUGCGGAAGUGGUCGCAGGAGAAGCUGGGCGGCGCUCUGGGCAUUUGCACCGGGGUGGCCCUCACCGAGCUGCUGGGCACGCUGCUUUCCGUGCUGCUCUGCAAGAGCGCGAAACGAGCACCGUGA